AAAACGGGUUUAGAAAAGAAAAAUUACUUCGCACAAUUUAAAAGAUGAAAAAUUGUUGAUUCCCUCAUAGUAAUAUUAAUUCUUUCCCCGUUUUGAAUAAUGCAACUAAAUAUAACCUCACCGACAGAAAAUGAAGUAAUUUGAUUAUGAAUUUGUAAUUGAAACGUAACUUCAUUAUAAUAAUCUUCCAAAAUCUUUACGAAGGUACUUUGAGCCAAAGAAAAAGAAACAAAUUAGGUUGGUGAAGUGUUUCUUCACCACAUUGAACCAGACAUAAUAACAACACACAGAUCUAUCUUCAAUUUCUCUGUGUUCUCAAACACUAACUAACAAUGGCUAAAUCUUUCACAUUGUGCUAUCUUUUGCUCUUCAUUCUUCCUGCUUCUAUGGCUGCUACUGCUGUUACUCAAAGCAAAGUUACUGAUAACCCUGCAGACAAGUUGGUUGCUGCGAUUAACGAAAACAGAACUGCUCACAAGGAUUCAUCUCUAUUUGACAAUCCCGGACUCGCAUGUCUCGCUCUUCAAUACAUUAAGGCAUACCAAGGUGAUUGUGGUGCUGUGGGUGGAUCUGAUGCCAAGAAGCCUCCUGAGUCUCAAUUUGCAGAAGAAUUUGCCCCAAACUGUGGUGUUAAAGCAUCAACUCUUGCUCGUAUAACUGGUCGUUUCUUGGGGUGCCAAACUAAGUAUGUCCAUGCACCGGAGGCAUUUUCCGAAAUCCUGAUAAGAAACCAGAAAAGCUUAGACAUACUCUACAGUAAGAAUCACACUGAGGUAGGUGCUGCUGUGACUGGUACUGAUGGAGGCUCUCCUUAUUUCUGGUGUGUGUUGUUUAGCAAUGGCAAAUCUAACAGCACCUUUGCUUUUGAGGGUGGUGUGGCUAAACCAACAAAACCUGGUUGCUAUAGUGGAGCUAAUGAUGUCUGCAGUGGUGCUCAUGAUUGGUCACAAGUCAGUGUGAUGUGGCUAUUUACUGCUUCAGUUUUAAUUGCAAUGGGGUUUGCUUUUCCAUUGUGAUCAUGAAUGAAUUGUAUGGAUUUUCACUUGAUCUAGGGGCCUUCUUUGUCAUUAUUACAAAGGCUUGGUCUCAGCUAUUCUUUUUUUUUCUUCUUUCCCUUGAUUUUUGAUUUUGUUAUUUGUUGAGAGAUCAUGCCAAUUGUUUUUCUAUCUUCAAUGUUUACCUAUGAAAUAUGUGGAUGUUGGCUCUUGUAAAUUUCUUAUUUAGGAAUACAAGUUUUUCUUUCAUUGUUUUA